AUGGAUAAUUACAAAGGAUCAGUUCAAAGGAAGCGUUCACAUAUAAAUUCUAUAGAAAAAGUAUUAUCAUGUAUACCAAAAAAACGAAUAAAAAACAUUGAGAAAUGGGAGAUCGAGCAAGAAAAUUCAGAUACAGAAGAUGAGUUGGUUAUGUCAUCGCCUCAUACACCUACUCAUCAAAAUAAAAUGGCUAAACAAAUAGGGCUUAUUCAGAUGCAAAAAAUUAAAUAUUCUUUAACACCGCAUUGCUUAAGAUCUGCUAAUAAAGCGCCUAUGUCAAGGAAAACGUAUACACCUACGACACCAACAGUUUAUUCUAAAGGAAAAGCACUUUUUUCUCGAGGAGCUUUGCCAAACCAACUUACAGGACGAUCUGCAGAAAGAAAACAUAUUAAAGAGUAUAUUGAAAGUCAUGUAGAAGAAGAACAAGGGGGAUGUCUUUAUAUUAGCGGUCCUCCUGGUACAGGCAAAACUGCUAUCAUUACCGAUGUGAUAAAACAGCGAUUUAUGAGGGGAAAUAUUAUAUCUACAACUAUUAACUGUAUGGCCCAGGAUCCAAAGAGUAUUUAUUCUGAAUUGUAUGAAAAAUUAUCCGGAAAGGUAGAAACCGUAGAAAAAAAAGCAUUUGAACAGUUGAAAAAAUUAUUUUUUCAAAAUAACACUAUGUACCUUGUAUUUUUGGAUGAAAUUGAUUCCUUAAUUGCGAAAGAACAAGGAAUCCUUUAUCAAUUGUUUGAGUGGUCUACCAUUGAGAGUUCUCGAUUAAUUAUAAUUGGAGCUACGAAUGCAUUAGAUUUGACAGAACGUUUUCUUCCAAAGCUUAAAACAAAAAAUGCUAUGCCCAAAAUUCUUACAUUUAAGCCUUAUACUUCACAAGAGAUUUCGGAUAUAAUUAAAGAUCGUUUAUGUUCACUUUCUGGAAACAUUCCCAAAGACUUUAUACCCUUUCUUCAUCCAUCAGCAAUUGAACUGUGUUCAAGAAAAGUUGCAUCUUCUACAGGAGAUGUUCGAAAGGCAUUUGAUCUAGUUAAAAAAACAAUUGAGCUUUUAGAAAUGGAAUCAUACAUUAAUAAAAAGGAACCGUUAUCAGAAAUCUCUCCGAACAAACUGUUAUCGCCGCCUAAUACAGAUAAAUAUCCGACUUUUAAUGAAAAUAAUUUUCAAGAUAUACCAAGAGCAACAAUAGAACAUAUAAUUCGAGUUUCAAAUACAGUAUUUGGAAAUUCUGUGAUUCAGCGACUUAAAGAUUUUACACUUCAACAAAAGGCUGUUUUGUGCGCAUUAUCCGUCUGUAAAAGAGAAAAUUUGAACGGUAUACUCAUUGGAAAGUUAUUUGAUACUUAUACAUAUUUAUGUCGUCGAGAUAAACUUCUACAUCCUUUAAAUUUAUCAGAGUUUACGGACAUAAUUGGCACUCUUGAAGUUUCUGCGGCUGUUAACAUCAUUAAUACGACAAUUUCAUCAAAAACCAAUGAUAUAAUGACUAAGAAAAUAGGUCUAGCUGUGCCAGAAAUGGAUAUUCUAACCGCCAUUGGAGAUAUUGGCCUCUUAAGGCGUUUUUUUCACUAA